AUGACCUCGCACCAGCUCCUUUCCGCCGCCCUCGUCUCGUCGCGCACCGCCGCCGCGCGCGCCGGCGCCGCCGUGGCGCGCACGCGCGUGCCGCCGCCCGGCGCCGAAGAUGCCUCGCCGGCGUCCAUGUCGAGGGACGGCCUCUCGGCCCGCGAGCGGCGCCGCAGCCGUGCCGCCCGCUUCGGCACGCUGGCCCCGGAGCAUGCUACGGCACUACCGACUGAGCUUGUGCAGGCCAUUGCGCAGUGGCGCGAAGAGGCACCGGCGCCGCCAAAGUCCAGCGGCGGACCUCUGCGCUCGGCACAUGAGCAUCUCCUCUCGCCGCGCUCGCCGGCGCGCUAUGCCAUCCUGGUCAAGAUCCUACAGUCGCUGGCAGACCGGCUGGGCCCAGGGUCAAGCGGGCAGGGCUCGGCCGGCUGGACCCCGCGCCACGUCUCUGACCUCUCGUGCGGCGCGGGCGAGGGCCUGUGGGCAGCGGCUCAGGCCUGGCCGAGUGUGGCAUCGUAUGCUGGCUCCGACGCAGCCGGCGCUCUGGCACGCACGGGCGGCGACCUCUUGCACCUGCUGCCAGAGGAGCAUCCCCUGCGUGCUGUGCGGACCUCCUUCCGCUCCAACCGCUCGGCGUCGGCGCCACGGCGCGGCGAAGCAGCUCAGACGUUGGCGCUGAUUCCGUUUGCGCUCGCCGAGCUGCCGUCCGACGCAAGCCGCUCGCGUCUGAUCCGCGAGGCGUGGGACAGUGGCGCCCACGUCAUCGUCCUCGUCGAGGCGGGCGACACGCGCGGCUUUGCCUGCAUUGCCAGUGCGCGCGAGGAGCUGCUGGCACUGGGGCGCGGAGAGGGCGAGGCGAGCACAGUGGGACUCGAGAGCAUCGUCGUCGACGGCCGGACAUACUACGCUCAGCCGAGUGCGGACGAUGCCGAGGGUGACGGCGCAGCUGCGGAGAGCACAGCCGAGGGCUCAUACGUCGUGGCACCGUGCCCGCACGACCGGCCGUGUCCACUGCUGCACGACUUUCUGCCGAGCACCUCUUCCACCUCCUUCCACGGCGGCACUGCGCUGCCCGUCUGCUCCUUUCCCUCGCGCGCCUCGAUUCCAUCGUACGCAGCAGCACCGCGACCCGACGACAGCUCGCGCUUCUCGUAUGUGGCGAUUGUGCGGGGACAGCGGCCGUCUGCCUCUGCGCGGGAAGAGGACGUCGCCACCGGAGCAGCACGAACAAAGCUGGGCAUUCUCGACGAACUGCGAGCUGGACCACGACGAUUGCCGGCGCAGAUCGUGGAGCCGCUGGCAUUUGAGGACGAGGCAGAGCUCUCACCAGAAGACCUCGCAGCUCGUCAAGAGCUGCUAGCACUGCUGCCGCAGGCGCUCGAGCGCGAGGCCAAGCUGAGCGGCCUGCCUCUGGACAGCGAGGCUCUGGCAGAGUCCUUGUCGCAGGCGCACGACCUGUGGUCGGAGAGUGCACAAGCAGCGGAGCAGAGUGCGGUGGACGAGCAGCGGCAGACUGAGAACGAUGCGCUCGAGGACAGCUCGUCGUUCAUCGAACAGGCGACUGGCUCGAGCGCCUCGCUGCCGGACCUCUCGCAGCUGCUGGCCGAUGCCUCGAUCCAGCAAGGCGACGACGGUCGGGAGCUCAGUCCCUUGCUGGAGCGCGCGUUCUCAACAGACGCAGAGGAGCCAGAUGCCAUGCCUGUCGAGGUGUUCAGCCCCGAAGACGAGGAGUCGAUGCGUCUCGAGGCCCUGUCAUGGCCGCGACUUGUGCGGCCGCCGCUCAAGAAGGGCGGCCACGUCACCUUUGACGCAUGCACCGCCUCCGGUGCCAUCGAGCGCUUCACCUUGCCUCGCUCGGCGGGCCGGCAGGCGUACCACGACGCGCGCAAGGCGUCCUGGGGCGAUCUCUUCCCCCACGACGCCGGCAAGGGCACGACGGAGCGAGUUCCCGCUGCGUCAGACGAGCGUACGCCGGCAGCUCGCGGCGUGCAGCGCACGCCGGCCGGCAAGAAGGUGCGCCGUGAGAUGCUCAGCUCGGCCGCUGCCAUCGGCGCCGACCUUGUGGCGCCUCGUGAGCGCGAGGGCCGCGGCGACGCAGAGGCGACGGCACGUGGCGGCAAGAACAUCGUCGGCCGCAGAGCUCACUACACGCAGGGCGGAGGCGGCGACGCUCGGAGCGCCCGUCCGAGCCGGAAGCGCAGCAUGGGCGACUACCACUUCGAGCCGAUGGAGGACGGAGCCUUUGUAUGAGACGGCAAGUGGGCCACGCAAUAUACCUCUGCACUCUGGCCGGACCACUGCACUCUGCUCUCGGGACAGUGCAUCGGCUAAGUCUAUGAUUGAGUCAGUCGGCGCCUGACGUGACAGUGCUGCGAUGCUUGCUCCUCUGCGGCUCAUCCGACCUCAUCGACCUUCGAGCGGUGCAGU